UAUGAAAACAGAGUUACUCAGUUUUCACUUUACCAUCUUCUCUUCCUAGCUUGCUGUUUUACACACAAAUAUCUCGGCUACAUCAUGAUGAAGAGUAAACUAUUUCACUGUUUUCGCCCUGUUGUUGAUAUAGAUGCCUUGCUUGAAUCCAAAGUUACGGCUCAUCGCUCAGAGAAUAAACCUAAGCAGCAUCAUAAAAAACGUACGGUUUUAAAAAUCAUCAAAGCUGCGGUGUUGGAAACCAUAUUGAAUAAAAGAGCUCUUCAUAAAUAUCCUUAUGGACUCGAUUGCUUUGGUGGAUUGAAGAAUGAUUAUUCGAGGUAUAAAAAAGAAAGCAAAGCCUCCCAAUCGUCUUUGACAAAUAUAUCUUCAAACAGUUCGUCUUUUUCAAGCCCAAAAGUAAUAUUACAAUCAGAGAACAUGUCCAGCAAAGGAAAUCAUGAGAAAGAAAGUAGCUGUGGAAGGGCACUGUUAGAGAAGCAAAAGAAGUUUGAGUUGUGUGCUAUGUGUUUGGUUCUCAUAAGCUUAAUAUUUACAGUGUUUUGGGGGAAACUUUUUGGAAUUAUUUUAACAUCAAUAUGCCUCUACCUUUUCUCUCUUUUUAACUCAAAUUACAGCUGCCAAAAGAUGUUUCUAAACUGUAAAAGACACAGUAUCGUGUGCAGUGCAAACAUAGAUGUAAAAAGUCAUUAUGGAAAGUGUGCUCAAAGAGAACUACCAUAAUGAGCAUUAUUUUGUUACGUGAAAAGUCUUUUCAUUCUUUAUGUUCUCAUAGACAAAGCUUUCGUUGUCAGGGAAAGAUGUGAAGAAACCGUUUCUCAUUUAUUUCUUUUGCUUUUUGUUUUGUAUAUUGCUUUCUCACAUAGAUUUAUCUGUAAGUGGUAGUUGAAAAACUUAGAGAUAGAAGAGUUUUGAUGGUUGUAAAGAAAAUAUAUUCAUCAAAGUGUUUUC